CUGUUGACAAUAAAGUAUUUGAAAUGUACGAGUGCACGUUUGAUACUUUGAAUUUCAUAGAGUACCACAAACGACUGCAAACCUUUUUGUUGUGGUUUAUCGAAGGUGCAUCUUACCUAGAAGAUAAAGACAAGAACUGGCAAUUUGUGUUGGUAUUUGAAAAAGAAUCAAACUUUGCUAGUGGUAGUCCUGUGUACAAGAUUGUUGGAUAUCUUUCCUACUAUCCAUUUUAUCAUUAUCCAGACACUCGCAGAAUGCGCAUCAGUCAAUUCAUUAUUCUUCCACCCUAUCAGCAUCAAGGUCACGGACGGAAGCUAUACACGACUAUGAUGAAUAAAUUUAUUGGUGAUUCAACUGUAGUGGACAUAACUGUUGAAGAUCCUAACGAUGAGUUUCAGGAUCUGCGUGAUCGAUGUGAUGUGCAACGUCUACUGGAAUGCAAAGCCUUGGCUGGUUUGUCUGCUCCAUUGGAUUCACAAUGCUUUAAUGCGAUACGUGGCAAAUAUAAGCUAUGCAAGCGUCAAGCAUAUCGCUGUUUAGAAAUUGUGUUGCUGCAUCAAUUGAAUAGAAAUGAUGCGCGUGCCAAUCGUCUCUACCGGCUUUUUGUCAAAGCACGCAUCUUUCAACAAAACUGUGAUGUUCUAAAAUCAUUGCCGUUUGAUGAGCGAGUAGAUCGACUGCAUGAAACCUAUUUGGCUCUUGAACAGGACUAUCAAAACGUGCUGUCUACUUUGGAAUGAAUACAAAACUAAAAAUUAUGAUUACCAUAGGUUUCAACUGGAAAUAAAAUUGGUAAAAUACAA